CAGGAGGGGCGCGCUCUCUCCCGGCCUGUGUGGAGCUCGGCGGCUGCAGACGCGGCGGCGACGGCGGCGGCGGCACGGCAGGCGGCGGCCCGGGAGCGGCAACAUGAGCGGAUCACAGAACGAUGACAAAAGGCAAUUCCUGCUGGAGCGACUGCUGGACGCAGUAAAGCAGUGCCAGAUUCGCUUCGGAGGGAGAAAGGAGAUCGCGUCAGAUUCUGACAGCAGGGUGACCUGUCUGUGCGCCCAGUUUGAAGCUGUCCUUCAGCAUGGCAUGAAGAGGAGCCGAGGAUUAGCGCUUACAGCAGCAGCCAUCAAGCAGGCCGCAGGCUUUGCCAGCAAAACCGAGACAGAGCCUGUGUUCUGGUUCUACGUGAAGGAGGUCCUCAACAAGCACGAGCUGCAACGCUUCUACUCCCUGCACCACAUCACGGCAGAUGUGGGCCGAGGCCGGGCCUGGUUACGCUGUGCCCUCAAUGAGCACUCCCUCGAGCGCUACCUGCACAUGCUCCUGGCUGACCGCGCCAGGCUCAGUACGUUCUAUGAAGACUGGUCUUUUGUGAUGGAUGAAGAACGGUCCAGUAUGCUCCCUACCAUGGCAGCUGGUCUGAACUCCAUACUCUUUGCCAUUAACAUUGACAAUAAAGAUUUGAAUGGGCAGAGCAAAUUUGCUCCUACUGUCUCUGACCUCUUAAAGGAGUCAACGCAGAAUGUGACAUCUUUGCUGAAGGAGUCCACACAGGGCAUGAGCAGCCUUCUCAGGGAGAUCACAGCAUCCUCUGCUGUCUCCAUUCUCAUCAAGCCGGAGCAGGAGACUGACCCUCUGCCUGUCAUAUCCAAGAACGUCAAUGUUGAUGCCAGAUGUAAACGGGAGCGUAGGAGGAGAAAGAAGGUGACCAACAUUGUCUCUUUUGAUGAUGAUGAGGAGGAGCAGAGCAUUUCGGACACUUUAAAAAAGAUGCCUGGGACUGCAGAAAGCUCGGAGGAGAACUCUGACCGGUCCUCCAACAUCAUGGCAGCCUUUGAAGGCCCCUUUGGGCCAAAUUCAAACGGGAGCCAGAGCAGCAGCUCAUGGAAAAUUGAGUCUGCUUCUUUGAAUGGGGAGUUGGGCUACCAGAAGCUUGAUGUGAAAAGCAUUGAUGAUGAUGUGGAUGAAAAUGAGGAGGAUGUAUACAGGAACCCACCGGGAAGGAAGCACACAGGCCGCUUGGGGUCACCAGACAAGCCACUGGAUGGGAACACCUGCCUACCCCAGGUACAUGGCUGGGCCCCACUGCAGGUGCUACAUGGAGAUGCUGAUGCCGACACUGACGUCCUCUUUCCUGUGAGUGGAGUAGGCUCCUAUGGUGCAGCAGAUGCCCCUGUGGGAAGUCUGGAGAAUGGGACAGGACCAGAGGACCACGUACUCUCAGAACCUGGCCUUCGGUACAGUUCUCCAGGCCGAGGAAGUCCUCUGAGCAGCCUGUUACCUUCUGCUUCAGUGCCUGAGUCCAUGACAGUUCAAGAACUACGCCAAGCCAUCGUGGCCAUGAUGAACAGAAAGGAUGAACUGGAAGAAGAGAAUGGGUCACUGCGGAAUCUCCUUGAUGGUGAGAUGGAGCACUCAGCUGCACUCAGGCUAGAGGUGGACGCCUUGAAAAGGAAGGUGACUGAGCAGCAGGAGCGUCAUACCACAAAGGUCCAGGCACUGGCAAGAGAAAACGAGGUGCUCAAAGUCCAGCUGAAGAAGUAUGUAGGAGCUGUCCAGAUGCUGAAAAGAGAAGGUCAAACAACUGAAGUGGUACCCAGUCUUUGGAACGCUGAUGCAGAAGUUACAGUCCCUGAACAGAAGCCCGGGGAAGUUGCUGAGGAACUAGCAAGCUCCUAUGAGAGGAAGCUCAUUGAGGUGGCCGAGAUGCAUGGGGAGCUGAUCGAGUUCAACGAGCGUCUACACCGGGCCCUGGUGGCCAAGGAAGCCCUGGUGUCGCAGAUGAGGCAGGAGCUGAUCGACCUCAGAGGCCCAGUACCUGGAGAUUUGAGCCAAACAUCUGAAGACCAGAGUUUGUCGGAUUUUGAAAUAUCAAAUCGGGCGCUGAUCAAUGUCUGGAUCCCUUCUGUGUUUCUCCGAGGCAAAGCAGCCAACGCAUUCCAUGUGUAUCAGGUCUACAUUCGGAUAAAGGAUGACGAGUGGAACGUGUAUCGGAGGUACACAGAGUUCCGGGGGCUGCACCACCAGCUGCAGAGUGCGUUCCCACAAGUAAGGGCCUACAACUUCCCACCCAAAAAGGCCAUCGGAAACAAGGAUGCCAAGUUUGUGGAAGAACGACGAAAGCAACUCCAGAGUUAUCUACGCAAUGUCAUGAACAAGGUCAUCCAGAUGGUGCCAGAGUUUGCUGCCAACCCCAAGAAGGAGACCCUGGUGCAGCUGGUGCCCUUCUUUGUGGACAUCACCCCACCUGGAGAACCACUGAACAAGAACAGUAGGCCCAAAGUAGCUUCUCGCUUCCCUAAGCUGUCCCGAGGCCACCCCAGGGAGAUUCGCACUGUGGAGCCUCAAAGUGGUGACCUCUGACCUCAGUGGAAUCUCUGUGUUCAACCUAGCCAUGGCAGCUGGCCCUGGACACCUUGGCAGGAUGGCCAUGUCCCCAGAGAGAACACACCCUUCCUGCUGCCACAUGCCAACCCAAUUAAACUGGUCAGUUUUAACUGCUGGGUCUCUGUCCUUAGAGCAAGGCAUUGCUCACUGGACAGACACAGGUGGGGACACUGUCAAUACCCCCAGGGUGGCCAGGUAUGGUUCUCACCAACUCCAGUUCUGCCAGCAGGACAGUGGGUGUCAGGCUGUGCCCAGACCCCUGGCUGAGCUGCAUGACACAUAGGCAGGAGGGUCCUUCAGGUGUCGCCCAUGACACUGUCCCCUGUGGGAACUAGAAUGACUGUUACACUCUCAGAUCUCCUGAUCCAACUGCCUGCGCCUGUGGACGAGGCCUCUUUGCCCUGCCUCUUGCCCCUGUGGUGGUAACACACCCAACAGCACUGCCACAUGGCUGGUAUGGAUGUGAUUUCUCCAGGUAGAUCAUCUAGUGGCCUAGCAAAGACAUUGGCAGUGACUUUGGUCCUUGAAGAACUCAUCUCUCCCUCCUUGUGCUGGCUCCAGGAAGCACCAUUCAUACAGGAAACAUGAGGCUGUCCCAGCAAGGACAGCCAGUCAGAGCUGAGGAGUCCACCAUCCAGCACAGCCCUCAGCAGCAGCCUGGAAACCCUGAGGAGUAGUCCCUGGCUGUGACCUCAGGUCACCGGAGACUUGGCUCUAGGCAUUAUUACUGUGGAAGGCCAGCCCUAUAGGAUCUCAGACCCAGUGCCAGAACCGAAAAGAGAAUGAUUGUCCCCUGAACAUGUUUAGCACAAACUGUCCCUAACACACCUCAGUGGGAGCAGAAUGCUGUGGCUCCCCAGGAGGACGUUCUCCUAUUGCUCUCAUCUCAGGGCACUGUCUUAGAGCCCGGGGCUCUCAGGUAUGGGGUAGAAUAAGAUCCAGCUGCUCUGCAGCUCUGCCUUCCUCUACCAGCAAUCCUGGGUCCCUCUGACUCUCAGAACAUACUGUCAUGGUGUGUCUCACUAGGUCAGAACCUCCUUGCUGUCUUGGUACAGCUUAGAGGAGCCUGCAAAAAGGACCACGUACCAAGCAGUGUGCACUGCUCUACUUGCCAAGGAGUUUCCAGGGGCAGCUACCAAGGGGCAACGACCUAGGUGACCACAGCCUGAGCAUGGGCUCAGAAGGGCUUCAGCUCAAAGCUAGACCUUGGCAAGUGAUCCGGGGAAGCAGGACUUUCCCCAGCCAUGGAAACCGGGGGGAAAGUUCCCUAGAAGCCAGAAGGGAAAUCAGAGUGCAGGGAGAGACCUGAACCGCUCCGAUUCAGCCAGCUGAGGUCCCCACCUCUGGCCAGGUGGGCUGUGCACAGGUAAGGCAGAACACAGCUGCCCUCCAUCGUGGCUGAAGAAGCAGGGAUUCUGCUUCAGGUUGCUGGGAAGGGAGGACCCAAGAGGCUUCUCAGCCCUAGAAAGCCAACAUGGUUCCUUUCUUGUUUGCCUAAGAUGCCACGGGCUCCACACAAACACCACACUCAGAGUAUGGGCAACUGGACCUAGCAGCCAAAAAGGCCCCGUGAGGCUCUAGCAACCCCGACUCCACCUCCUGAGCUGGGGAAGUCAGCACAGAGACACUUCAGAUUCCAUCCUGUUCUGUACGGAAAGGAUCCUGCCCAGAGUCUCAAGUAACAGGCCUUGGGGGCACCUGGUCCAAACCCAUGCCACUAAGAGUCUGGGCUCUCUCCCUGUAAACACAGCACACAGAACCAUCUUCACAUUCAGACUCUGCAGCUAAAGCACAGGAAGGAGGGAGGGAGGGAGGGAGGGAAGGAAGGAAGGAAGGAAGGAAGGAAGGAAGGAAGGAAGGAAGGAAGGAAGGAAGGAACAAAGGAAGGAGCGAAGGAAGGAAUGAAGGAACGAACGAAGGAACGAACGAACGAAGACAGGCAGGCAAACAUCCAGAGUAGAUGCUUUGGUUUCCAAGGACUAAUUAUGGGAAACUUGCCCAACUCUGCCAUAAUGUGAAUAUAAGAGCAUGGUUCCGGGGGCCUUGUGGGAGCUUUGGUUGUUUGCUAUCUGUCUCCUACCCAUUCCCUUGUUUCCCCAUGUUGGGGACUGACACAAGGGCCUUGCAAGUGCUGGAUAGAAGCUCUCCACUAAGCCACACUCUAGCCCUGCCCACACUGUUUCCACAGAAACCCAGCAAUCACUCUUGGCUCCAGAUGGCCCAUCUCAUUACCUCACAAGAGCAUGUGAUCCCCCUGGAAAUUGGGCAUAGCUCUGCAGGGCAGGGUCAGGUGGUGGAAGGCUAUUCUCACAAUGCUCCCCAGAUCUGAGGCUCAGAGUCCAAGAGGAAUGCAGAGCCACAGCCACCCAGUGAGUGUGACCAUCCCCGCCUCUACAGGACACUGCUUCCUAACCAUGAACUUGACUGUGGCCCUGGUAUUCUUGUGGCUGCUGAAACUUCAUUCUUAGAAAUGUUCUCCUGCCCUGAGGCCCAUGUCAUGGUGUUAUAGGCCUUGGUUCCUGCUCCAUCUACUCCAGCUCUGUAUGUCUGUAUAACCUCUAGACAUAACUGGCCCCUCAGGAAAUGCUGGGCCCUGUUCUCCAGGGUGUACCACCAGACUGCCUCACUUUAGCGCCUGCACCUGCACACACCUUCCCAGUAUGCUCAGCUGAUGGGGUCCUUCGAGGCUUGGGUCCAGGAGCAGUCUCAGCUGGGCGCCCUGCCCCUGCCCUGCUACAUCGUUUGAGAGGCACACAAGAAGGAGCUGCCUCAUGCCCAUGGCAAUAACAGUCCUGAUUGCCCAACGCCCCUACGUAGGGACAUUGCCACCCAACCCCAGAGCUGCCCCCUGGCCUGGGAGCUGUCAGAAGGCAGGUACCUCCUUAUGAACAAGGUCUAUUGUAAUGAACAUUCUUCAAAUAUUGUGCAUUAUUUCACUAAAGCUAGUAUUAAAUGUUUGCUGUUUAGGUUGGUUCUGCACUAACUUUGCACAACUGUAGCACUGUCUAUUUUAUCUAAUGUUUCUGUGCCAAAAAGUUCAGCCCCUGUUGCUGUGACACAUGUUCUCCAUCAUGUUUCUGAAAUAAAGUUUAGGUAGUGAAUGGGAAGGCUAGAAUGCACAGUAGCAGUGCUGGAGUGGCUGCUGUGCUGAGGCCUUGGGUCCACAUCUCACUGGGGCUGUGUUCUCCUGUCCUGAAGACGUCUGCUCACCACCUGGUCCAGCUACUGCCUUUCCAGCCGCCAUCUGCAACCUGCUCAGUUCUGCCCCCAACAGGGGGAGGCCACUUGACCACAUGGAGGUUUGUCUGUCUCUUUGUGCGUUUUUUUCAUCAGGAUGAAUUGGAAAGCCCCAGAAAGAAUUGGGGCAUAGGACAAGUGACAGUGUUUGCACAGGAGCCAUAGGGUUGCUCAACACCUGGGAAGAGAACCGGAGAGCUAGGCCCUCCAGAUGGGGUGAAGGCUCUGGCUGGCUGGCUCCAUCUACCCUGGAAAGCUCUGUGGUUGCUACAGCCCUAAGCUGGAGCCUGUGGGUGCAAACAGCCCAGAAGUCUGAGCAUGUGGUAUCCCGACUCCCCUCUUAUGUUAAGGUUUACACAAUAGAAUUUUUAAACAAAUAUGUUUAAUUUUCUAAAAUCUCUUGUAUUAAAAUUUUCUUUUGAAAUAAGCUGUGGAUUUUGUUACAAUCUGGUUGAGAGAAGCCUUUUCAGUGAGGGGAUUAAAAUGGCAUUUUCUAAACUGGA